GUUUUUGAGUAAGCUUUGUUGAAAAAAGCAAAGUUUCCUCACCAAUCAAAAACUUUUUCUAUGCAAUUUUUCAAAAUUAGUCAAUUGCCAGCAAUUGCCAACAUCAAAAUGACUCGAAAAAGUGAAGAUGAAUAUUUUAGUGCUGAUAGUUUGGAAAAGUUUGAAGAAGCGAUAAAGAAAGAAUCGAUAAAAUCGAAAAAUGUUGUAAAGCGAAAGAAACGUAAAACUUACAGCGAAUUAAAUCAAAUUUAUUUACUACGUGAGUUCAUGAAAAUCCAAACGAAUGAAAUGAAAUCAAACUCUUGUGGAUGUGACGUAGAUGAAUCAAUAAAAUAUCCAUCUAGAUGUUCAUCAAACGAAAAUGUUGAUGAAAAUUUAAAAGGAUCGUGUGCUCUUAAACAGAAGCGAAAAUCAAAGAUUCCACGCAUUUUGUGGUCACAAUAUCUAUCAAAUCAGUAUAAAUCUUCUCAGUCUGUAUCACUUGUAAAUAGUGAAACACGUAAAUUCCGUAAUCGUAUUGAAUAUGGACGAAAAAUGAGUUCAAUGAACCGCAUUAAUCAACAAUGCCAGAAGUUGCAUAAAAGAAUCAACAGCAAUGAAAGUAGUCAUCCAAAUAACUCUUUAGACUGUAAAGCUUCCAAAAGUGUUUCAUCUAUUAUUGAAACUACAAAGAAUUAUUCGAAAGCAUUGAAAUCAUCGUCACCGUCAAAGGAUGUGAAUAAAAAUGAAGAAUUUGAAAUGAAGCUCGAGUGUAUGCAAAUUCGGCAUCAAAAUGAUCGAAAGAAGAUAGAAAAGUUAAAGAAUGCUUUGAUGAAUGAGAGAACAAUUGGAAAAGAGCAGUACAAUGACAGUGUAGCCGAGUGAGAAACGAGUAAAUUAUUUGUUAAUGAUACUUCAAUAAAAGGCUUUGAAAACAAUGAGAAAAAAAGGUCUUGUAUAUUGCA